AUGGACGUAGACGUCAAUGGAAUCGUCGAGCAGGGCUAUGCGCUCGUCGACGCAAUCCUUUCUCGACGGUCGCUGCCCGAGAUCAAAGGUCUAGUGGUGGACGGUGCUCCUGUCUGGUAUCAGGACGACGAAGGGACUUCACCGCUGCACGCUGCGGCAUACGUUGAGAACAAUGAACUCGUCAAGUUCCUCAUCGAAGAGGGCGCGCUGUGGAACGCUGUGGACAAACUGCACAACACCGCCGGAGACAUCGCACUGUCUCUGAACAAUGAAACGGCUUACACCAUCAUCCGCGAUGCCGGCAUUCGCUCUGAACUUUUGCUGAGAGUGCUUGCUAAACAUUCGCCGGCUGCCAACUCUCCCCUGGCCCUGAUUCUCAAAGCAACCGACAACACGGCGGCGGGCUCGACCGACACCUUUUUGGCCACAAAGCUGCAGUACGUCACCGACGAGCAGGGGCAGGAGGUUUGCGUGGUGAAAGUCGGCCAUGAAGAAGAGGUUGGAGUUAUGAUGGGAUGGGAGAGGGCAUCAGUGAUGCAGGACACCGUGCGUAACUUGUGCACCGGUCACCCGGAACUAGCCAACGGCUUGAAGAUUCUCAACGUUGGGUUUGGGCUUGGGAUUGUGGAUGCUCUCUUCCAGGAGACAUCCAAACCGGCGGUGCAUGUGAUCAUUGAGCCACAUCCUGAUGUUCUGCAGCACAUGCGAGAACAAGGGUGGUAUGACAAGGAAGGCGUCAAGAUCCUCGAAGGCAAAUGGCAAGAAUUUGUGGAAAGCGACGAUCUGUUGAGCAUUGGCGGCUUCGAUGUCAUCUACACAGACACGUUCUCCGAAGACUAUGCCGAGUUGCACCGAUUAUUUGGUCAUGUGCCGGACCUACUUGCGGGCCCCGAUUCACGCUUCGGCUUUUUCAAUGGGCUGGGCGCCACCAAUGCUCUGUUCUACGACGUCUACACCCACGUCUCGGAGUUGCAUCUUGCAGACGUGGGUAUGGAUGUUGAGUGGAGCGACGUUGAUGUCUUCGAGGGCGACGCGGACAGAUGGGGGAAGACCCGGGAGUACUUCGCGAUGCGGACCUAUCGCCUCCCCAUCGCCAAAAUGAGGGCACUGUGA